GCUAUAUUUCUACAAACAUUUGCGGAAAAAAAAGAGUAUAGCUGAGGAUUGCUUAAACUAAAGUGGGUCGCUAUCUUUGCCACAACUGCUAUACUGACAUUACGCUAUCGACCACGCUGAAAUUACCAUCACACUCUGCUGUAACUAUACACGAAACAUGUCACUUACAAGCGCAUAGGCCCAUGGGUAGGAAACAACUUCCUCCCUACUUCCGCACAGAGGAAGCUGCACGUGUCCGGAUGUACAAGGAAUCUCGCUACUGGGAUGCCCGCUACCGGGAAGAGAGGGAUCUGCCCGACGGCUAUGAUUGGUUUGGGAGAUACCAGGGUUUUCGGGAACUUGUCGUUAGGGAGCUGCAGGCUGGGGCCCGAGGGCUAGUACUCGGAUGUGGCACUAGCUCUCUUAGUGUGGAUCUUCAUGAAGAGGGGUUAAGUCCUCUUGUAAGCAUUGAUUACUCUCCCAUAUGCAUUAAGGAGAUGGCAGAGAAACAUGCUGGACGCAAUGGAAUGAGUUGGCUUGUUAUGGAUGCUCGGCAACUUCAAUUUCCUGAUGGGAGCUUUGACUUUGUCAUUGAAAAGGGGACUCUGGAUGCCAUGAUGGUGGGAGAGAGAGACCCAUGGAGAGUAACAUCCGAGACAGUUGCCUUGAUUGAUGAAGUUUUAAGUGAGGUUAGUAGAGUUCUCUCUCCAAAUGGAUGCUUCAUCUCUGUGACCUUUUCCCCCCCUCAUUUUCGUACAUGUCACUAUGCUCAGCCCCCCUAUGGCUGGUCUGUAUCGUGUAACACUUAUGGCAGUGAUUUUCAUUAUUUUCUGUACACAAUGCAUAAAGGGGAGAAACUGACACCUCAGGACUUAGAGCAGGGUCAGAGUUUGCAUAGACCGUAUAUUCAACCAAUGCACCUUCCAACACUCUCUGAUAAAGAUGAUGAGGACUUCUUAACAAACAUCCAGAUCUGACCAUUACUGCAGUGAAUGAGAAGCCAAAGACCCUUCUAUUUAAAAAAAAAAAAAAAAACUUUGCAAACAAAUAAACGUAAAUGCUUGCUGUCUACUAGGUGGCUGUCAAUAUUCUCACUGCCAGAAGAUGGGCAAUAGGAUGGAAUUCUUUUUAUUUUGUUUCUUAUUGUGAAAAUGUAAUUUUUACAGGCUAUAAUAAAUAAUACAUUCUACCCAUUCCUUUAAAA